CUUAAGCUAAAGUUAGUAUAAGAGUGGUUUGUUCCACUUUUAUACAGCAAAAAUGUUUGUUGGGUUGUGAUUUGAAUGAGAGAGCUGCCUUCGAAAUUUCAAUGAUGCCGAUGACAUCAAUGACGUCUUCUUCAACCUUUAUAACAUAUUUUGUCUAAGUAUGGGAGCUAAAUCAUAAUCGUAAUUAUUCAGCGUAAUAAUAGCUGUACUUCUUUCGAACACACAAGAUGCUCCAAUUGUCUUGUCUUAUCGUUGGUUCCGUUCUUACAUUUAGCAUUUUUGUUUCGCCGUACAUGCUUGAAGCUCGUAGCUUUAUCGUAACUGUGAAACCGCGACUUUUCUGGGGUCUUACCAAAGAGUGCGCUAAAAGCGUUCAUUAUGCUCCCCUUCUGAUCCUUCAAAAAGCUUUGGCCGUUGGUUUCACAUUCAACGGUCUCAUUCAUACCCAAACUGAUCUAUCUUCACCGCCUACGUAUACAACCAAUGAUCAAAUCGCGUUCCGCUCACGAGAGUAGCAAUAAGAACGGCGCGCAGUCAAGAAAAAGAGAUGACCAGACUCUCGCUCAAAUAUACCGCCAUUUGCUGAGCUUCAUUAUUGGUAUUGGUGCAAGCAGAAGUUUUGAAGUUUUGCUCAAAGGUACCUAGAAAGAUAGCUAUCAUGCUUAUAAAAAGAGCCUGCGAAGAAGGAAACAUCAGUCACACAGUCGAUAGUCGAGCUCCGAUACAGUCAGUAGUGGUCUCUAGUCUUGAGCAUUUAAGAGUUGUGUAAACAAAAGACUAUUCGGACAUCAGUGUAAACUCCGGGGAAAAUUAAAGCGACUAUCAGACCCCAGUGAAAAGUCAGUUGGUCAGAAUGGAACUCCCUUCAUUGGAUAACAGUUUACCGCAUCUUGAUGAUAUAGAGGAACUGUUAAAUAGUUUGUGGGAUGAAAAACCUAUACGCGAGGUCAACGAAGACAAGUUAACGGAGAUACACCAGUGGCUUUUAGAUGGAGCACCUACGGGAAUGCAUGAAGAAAGUGAUAAGGUGGCCAUUAAAAAAGAUUGUGAUGAUAUUCCCAAAGUGGAGCAAAAGUUGAAGGGAAGUCCAAUGAAUAAAAGUGAUGCUGUUCAGAAGGACCAAGUUGCAUAUAGCAGUGUUAUGCUGACUCCUGAUAGAUCUCCUCUGAUGUCAUGGCAUGAUAACAGCGAAAUCCCGACCGUUGUUCCGGUGCCGAAUUUCAUAUCAAGCCCAGCAGCAAUGACGCCGUCGAAUUCUAGCCAAACACAACUUAUCACCAGUGAUCGCCAAGUGUACGAAAUUAACGGUGUUGCCGUCAGUGUAAAAAACAUUGCUGAAGAUAUUCAACGGAACUGCCAUGGUGUUGUGCAGAACAUUAAAAUCGAGCCUUUGCACGAAUGGCAGCCCGUACAGCAAGCUUGUCUCAAGCCUGCGCCAAGCCAAGUUGUAUACGAGCUGCCAAACGAAGUGAUCUUGGCUCAAAGUUCGUCCUGCAUGUAUGCGGCGCCUAGUCACAGUACACCACCCUACGCGGAGAAUUUGGAGACUCAGCAAGUUCCGGACUUCCUGACGAUUGCAGUGCCGUCAACGGGUAGCAGUGGGUAUGAGCCGAUAUCACCUUUCGACGCAGCAGAACCGGUGCCCGAAUUGACUGGCGAACUAACCUUUGACUGGGAUACAGUGGAGCAUAGUUUAGCGUACAAUAUUCCAUCUACAAGCUAUGCUCAAGUGCCGCCGUCAACAUUCUGUAACCAAGCUGCUACGCAUCCAGCCCAAGCGGCCCCAACCGUUCAAGACAUCGAUCCAGCAGAGAGCUACGUUGAAGUUCCUAGCGGGUACGUCCUUCCAGCAGCCGGUAACAGCAUCGUAUACCCGGUUCAGGAGAUCUACAUAGUCGAUGCCCUACAGUCCACGGCAAACGAAAAGCCCAUCGCGAGAAAGAAACCACGCAAGGCUCAAAUUGUGUACGACAGCGGCUUGAGUUGCAAUAUCUGCGGUCAGCAAUUCGGCAAACAGGGCAGCUUGCAGCAGCACGUCCGUCAAAAGCACCAGGAAGACCGGCCGUUCCGUUGCGACAUUUGCGGGAAGUCGUAUCUCACCGAGCAGGACAUGGUGGAUCACCGCGUGAACCAUGAUCCCAGCAUGAAGCGGUAUAAGUGCCAAAGCUGCGACAAUCGCUACCGGCACAUGAAGGAUCGCGAUCGGCACUUCGAAACGCACCAUGGCAAGCCGACACAUCCGUGCGAGAUCGAGGGCUGCCCGAAGGCGUUCGCACGGCACGAUCACAUGAGGGCGCACUUAAGGAGCCACGAGAACCGCAAUAGACGAGAGAAGGAGAAGGCGAGGCUGCGAGAGGAGAAAGAGAAUAAUCGCAAACAGAGGGGACGCAAACCGCGGGAAGAGAACAGAGUGACUUUAGGAUGAUGACCUCCCUAGCUUUCACAAAAACCUGAUGAUGAUGACCUUCCUAGCUGCACAAAAAACCCAGCAGAAUACAGACCCAAAUGGUUUUGUGCUGCCAUAUUCUUAAAAACAUUCGACAAUCCACGACCAACGAGAGCCUCUGCUGGAGGCGUUCUACAACACACUACUCAUACGUUCAACGAGCAGUCAACCAAGCGAUUGCAUAAGAAUUACCAUCCACUAAUUUCUAAUUGACGGGAAAACUGACGUGGCAGACGUCAUUUUCGACAGAAAGUAGCAGAUCGUCGAACAAUCUGCAGUAUGUGUGUAAGUACUGCUCCACAAGACCUUAUCGUUAAAUUAAAAGUAAAAAAUCAACCAGAGUUUUUCUCGUAAUAUUUUUAUGUAUAUUUACAAUACACAGUUUUAAAACAUUUAA